CCACUCCAUAUAUCUUAUCAGCAAAGUACUCAAUCAUCAAUAUCAUCAGCACUAGCAACAACAUGGGAGAGGUAGACCCAGCUUUCGUCCAAGACCCACAACACAGGCCAAAUCUCUCCAUUAUCCAGGCCGAAGGAAUACCCAUAAUUGAUCUCUCUCCAAUAACCAACCACACACUUUCAGAUUCAUCUUCCAUUGAAGGGUUGGUUAAGGAGAUAGGGAGUGCAUGCAAGGAGUGGGGCUUCUUCCAAGUAACCAACCAUGGGGUGCCCCUCUCUCUAAGGCAAAGGAUUGAGGAAGCUUCUAGAUUGUUCUUUGCGCAGAGUCUGGAGGAGAAGAGGAAGUACAGAAGAGAUGAGAUAUCUCCAACUGGUUACUAUGACACAGAACACACCAAAAACGUUAGGGACUGGAAAGAAGUCUUUGAUUUUCAAGCCAGAGACCCCACUUUCAUUCCUCUCACUUCUGAUGAACAUGAUGAUCGACUCAAUCACUGGAAUAAUCCAUCCCCUCAAUACCCUCCACACUUCAGGGAUAUAAUAGAAGAGUAUAUUCAAGAGAUGGAAAAGCUGUGCUUUAAGCUGUUGGAGCUUAUAGCUUUGAGCUUAGGCCUUGAGGCAAAGAGGUUUGAAGAGUUUUUCAUAAAGGAUCAAACUAGCAAUAUUCGACUGAACCACUAUCCUCCAUGUCCUUACCCUCACCUAGCUCUUGGUGUUGGUCGACACAAGGAUGGCGGGGCCUUAACCAUUCUUGCCCAAGACGAGGUUGGAGGACUUGAAGUCAAACGCAAAGCAGAUCAACAAUGGGUUCGAGUGAAACCUACACCAGAUACUUACAUAAUCAAUGUUGGGGAUGUUAUUCAGGUUUGGAGCAAUGAUGCCUAUGAGAGCGUGGAACACAGAGCGAUGGUUAACUCUGAGAAAGAAAGGUUUUCCAUACCGUUUUUCUUCAACCCUGCACACUACACAGAAGUGAAGCCUUUGGAGGAGUUGACGAAUGAGAAAAAUCCUCCAAAAUAUAGGCCAUACAAAUGGGGCAAGUUUCUUGUCCGCAGAAAGGGCGGCAAUUUCAAGAAACAGAAUGUGGAGAACCUUCAGAUUUAUCACUUUAAGAUAGCUUGAAUGAUACUCCACAUUCUGAUAAUUUAUUAACUUAUGCAUGUAAAACAGACUGAUCUAAGAAUGUUUCUGAUAUGAGUCUGUAAUCUUAUUUGCUGCUAUAUAUUAUUAGUGUGCAGUAUGUAUGCCACCAACAUCGAAUAAAAGAAGAAAAAAAGCAGUACUGUUUGUCA